CAUGGGCGGAGUUUAGUUGAAGAUCGAAUUCGGAUUCGGUUGGCGGGCGCGGCCAUCUUGGUGAAUUAGUGACCUGGCGAUUCGGAUAUAGUUAGUGAAAAAUCAUUUGUCAUCCACAAUGUCGGAAAGGGAAGAUAAUGUGUAUAAAGCUAAGUUAGCCGAGCAGGCUGAGCGUUACGAUGAAAUGGUAGAGGCGAUGAAGAAUGUGGCCUCCCGCAAUGUUUCCGACAAUGAGCUAACAGUGGAGGAGCGGAACCUUCUGUCUGUGGCAUACAAGAAUGUCAUCGGUGCCCGCCGUGCCUCAUGGAGGAUUAUCUCCUCCAUUGAACAGAAGGAAGAAACAAAAGGCGCGGAGGACAAGCUGAGCAUGAUCCGCGCAUACCGCUCCCAGGUGGAGAAGGAGCUCCGGGACAUCUGCUCCGACAUCCUCGCCGUGCUCGACAAGCAUCUCAUCCCCGCCUCGCAGACCGGCGAGUCCAAAGUGUUUUACUACAAAAUGAAGGGUGACUACCACCGGUACCUGGCAGAGUUCGCAACAGGCAACGACCGCAAGGAGGCGGCCGAGAACUCGCUCGUUGCGUACAAGGCCGCCUCCGACAUCGCCAUGACGGAGCUGCCGCCCACGCACCCCAUCCGCCUCGGCCUGGCGCUCAACUUCUCAGUAUUCUACUACGAGAUCCUGAACAGCCCGGACCGCGCGUGUCGCCUGGCCAAGGCGGCCUUCGACGACGCCAUCGCCGAGCUCGACACCCUCUCCGAGGAGAGCUACAAGGACUCCACCCUCAUCAUGCAGCUGCUGCGCGACAACCUCACCCUGUGGACCUCCGACAUGCAGGGCGACGCGGAGGGUGAGUCCCACACUACUGUACCCUAGCCGGGGUCCCUACACUCUCCGAGGAGAGCUACAAGGACUCCACCCUCAUCAUGCAGCUGCUGCGCGACAACCUCACCCUGUGGACCUCCGACAUGCAGGGCGACGCGGAGGGUGAGUCCCACACUAUACUGUACCCUAGCCGGGGUCCCUACCCUCUCCGAGGAGAGCUACAAGGACUCCACCCUCAUCAUGCAGCUGCUGCGCGACAACCUCACCCUGUGGACCUCCGACAUGCAGGGCGACGCGGAGGGUGAGUCCCACACUAUACUGUACCCUAGCCGGGGUCCCUACCCUCUCCGAGGAGAGCUACAAGGACUCCACCCUCAUCAUGCAGCUGCUGCGCGACAACCUCACCCUGUGGACCUCCGACAUGCAGGGCGACGCGGAGGGUGAGUCCCACACUAUACUGUACCCUAGCCGGGGUCCCUACCCUCUCCGAGGAGAGCUACAAGGACUCCACCCUCAUCAUGCAGCUGCUGCGCGACAACCUCACCCUGUGGACCUCCGACAUGCAGGGCGACGCGGAGGGUGAGUCCCACACUAUACUGUACCCUAGCCGGGGUCCCUACCCUCUCCGAGGAGAGCUACAAGGACUCCACCCUCAUCAUGCAGCUGCUGCGCGACAACCUCACCCUGUGGACCUCCGACAUGCAGGGCGACGCGGAGGGUGAGUCCCACACUAUACUGUACCCUAGCCGGGGUCCCUACCCUCUCCGAGGAGAGCUACAAGGACUCCACCCUCAUCAUGCAGCUGCUGCGCGACAACCUCACCCUGUGGACCUCCGACAUGCAGGGCGACGCGGAGGGUGAGUCCCACACUAUACUGUACCCUAGCCGGGGUCCCUACCCUCUCCGAGGAGAGCUACAAGGACUCCACCCUCAUCAUGCAGCUGCUGCGCGACAACCUCACCCUGUGGACCUCCGACAUGCAGGGCGACGCGGAGGGUGAGUCCCACACUAUACUGUACCCUAGCCGGGGUCCCUACACUCUCCGAGGAGAGCUACAAGGACUCCACCCUCAUCAUGCAGCUGCUGCGCGACAACCUCACCCUGUGGACCUCCGACAUGCAGGGCGACGCGGAGGGUGAGUCCCACACUAUACUGUACCCUAGCCGGGGUCCCUACCCUCUCCGAGGAGAGCUACAAGGACUCCACCCUCAUCAUGCAGCUGCUGCGCGACAACCUCACCCUGUGGACCUCCGACAUGCAGGGCGACGCGGAGGGUGAGUCCCACACUAUACUGUACCCUAGCCGGGGUCCCUACCCUCUCCGAGGAGAGCUACAAGGACUCCACCCUCAUCAUGCAGCUGCUGCGCGACAACCUCACCCUGUGGACCUCCGACAUGCAGGGCGACGCGGAGGGUGAGUCCCACACUAUACUGUACCCUAGCCGGGGUCCCUACACUCUCCGAGGAGAGCUACAAGGACUCCACCCUCAUCAUGCAGCUGCUGCGCGACAACCUCACCCUGUGGACCUCCGACAUGCAGGGCGACGCGGAGGGUGAGUCCCACACUAUACUGUACCCUAGCCGGGGUCCCUACCCUCUCCGAGGAGAGCUACAAGGACUCCACCCUCAUCAUGCAGCUGCUGCGCGACAACCUCACCCUGUGGACCUCCGACAUGCAGGGCGACGCGGAGGGUGAGUCCCACACUAUACUGUACCCUAGCCGGGGUCCCUACCCUCUCCGAGGAGAGCUACAAGGACUCCACCCUCAUCAUGCAGCUGCUGCGCGACAACCUCACCCUGUGGACCUCCGACAUGCAGGGCGACGCGGAGGGUGAGUCCCACACUAUACUGUACCCUAGCCGGGGUCCCUACCCUCUCCGAGGAGAGCUACAAGGACUCCACCCUCAUCAUGCAGCUGCUGCGCGACAACCUCACCCUGUGGACCUCCGACAUGCAGGGCGACGCGGAGGGUGAGGCCGAACAGAAAGAGCAAGCACAAGACGUGGAGGACCAGGACGUGUCGUAAUACCUUUCAGCGUUCUAUUUAAAUAUAAUAACAAAAAUAAAUAUAGUACGAUGUAAGCCAGCCCUCGAUGACAACCGGUCGUAACCUCUCGCUCCCACCCUCCCCGUCCCGCUCCCACACCUGCCGCCUCGACCGACCCAUACACCUAUCUAUACGAUCGUCAUUUUCGUUUGUAUUGUGUCAAAUUAUAUACGAGUAAUAUUAUGAAUAUGUACUUCUUUUGAUAAAUUUGUUUUCGAUUACGAUGAAAUAAUGUUAAGGAAAGUACUUUGGUAUUGCAUUUUAACUGUACGUUGUCUGUUAAGAAUGUAUUUUCUUAUCACUUCGGAUGAUCUCCGCGCUCGGCGCGUUCACAUUCUGGUUCUCUUAAGGUGGGAAUUGUAAAUUUUCUAAGUAUUUUAUACCGCGUGUAAAGUAUUUAACUCCGUUGUGACUUAGCACCGUAGCGACAAUUAACAAUUAUGAAAGCAUUUAGUUUGGACUAUCGGGACUAUGGCGCGUCGCGGAGCUCUGCACAAAUAUAGUCGUUUUAUACGUACUCCCGUACUGUGCUCGCCCGAGCGGCGGUCCCGCGUGGCGGGUCCCGAGACGCGAGUCCCGCGUGGCGGGUCCCACCCGCCCCGCGGGGCCGGCCGCAGUCUUCCCGCCUCGCCGUGAGCAUUCGAUACGUCUUUCAUUACAUAACAUAUAUUUUAUCUGUAACUUACAUUAUUAGGGUGGUAUUCGUAGUGACUUGCAAUAUUUAGCUAAGUGAUAGUGGCGUCACCUGUCGGUCUUCAUGUAUCGUAUCUCGUACGGGCGUACCGCGUUACAUACAUUACAUACCUCCUUGUGUAUUUAUUGCAACAUUAUAAUGCGUUUGUGUAAAUUGUGACUACUGUGUAGUACUGUACUGGUGUUGUUGAACAAAGACGUGCCGGCCCGUCUGCCGGACGGUCCGCUGUCGCGCCGGACGGUCCGGGGCCGCACCGGACGCGGUCCGGUCCGUCGGACGGUCCGGUGGUCGCGCCGGACGCCGCCGGACGGGCUGCGCUCGUUAGAUAAAGACAUUGUCGAUGUACCCGCUUCGUUCGUAUUACAAUUUUUGGAGUAUUCACACUGAAUUGCUUUAAUUACUUACGAGUAUUGUGAUAGAGAUUUUGUAUAUUUUAAUUUAUUUUUUUUAAUUUCGCACGUCUCUCGGAAAUAUUUCGCCGUAGCGCUAAAUCUCUUACAAUUUUAACAGGACGAACCGUAGUUCUAAAGUUGUGCUAGGAUAAGGUAAUGCACUUGGGAGAAAUUAUUUAUUUGAAAUGAACUGCUCCCGGGGCGCCGGCCCCUCGGGGUCUCCGGGCCCCUCGGUGGGUCUCUCAGGCCCCGCGGUGGGUCUCUCAGGCCCCGCGGUGGGUCCCUCGGACCCCGCAGUGGGUCUCCCGGGGGUGCCUACAUUCCACCUCCGCGCUGUCCAACGAACAAGCGUGGGAACGAGUGCGUGCCCGAGUAAGAUAUUAGCGUUAUUUUUAAUUGAAUUUGUAAUAUUGCAUAUAUUUUUGUUAAUUUUAUCCACAAAAAAAUACUGAUGCAAUUAGCCUUAGUGUUAUGCAAUAUUGAUUUAUGUCCUACCAACUACAUUGAAAUUUAUUGUAAAUGACAGUGUAAAUCUAAUAAUAAAAAUUCAAAAGUCCA